CCGGGUCUCAGCGCUGGGCGCCGCGACCUGAGAAAGAACCUGGGGAGAGGCCGGAAGCACUCGGAAGUCAGGUGCUCCCCGGGCCGAGCGAGUGAUUGGCUUGGAAGCACGAGAAUGAUGCCGCUGAGACUGCCGAAUCGUCUGGGCAGGGUUUGGAGCCUCUGAUAAGCUCCUGUGACCCGUGCAUGCCUUUGGAGAGGAAGAAGAGGGAGAGGCCUGCUUUCUCUGGAAUCCGGUGGUCACAUCCCCACCUGAAUGCCCACCUCAGGUGUCGUCAACAUGGAGUUCUGAAGUCCCUGUGGUUCCUCACAGUGAACCAGGUCUUAAGGAAAAUGCAGAGACGCCACAGCAGCAACACGGAUAACGUUCCACCUGAAAGAAAUCGCAGUCAAGCGCUCAGCUCUGAGGCGAGUGUGGACGAAGGCGGAGUCUUUGAGAGUCUGAAGGCAGAAGCGGCCUCCCCGCCAGCGCUCUUCUCCGGCUUAUCGGGCCUCCCGACAGGCAGCCUCCCCGCCACCCCUUUCCCGUCCAGCCUGGUGCUGGGGGCCGCGGCGGGCGGCGGGGACGUGUUCCUCCAGAUGCCCACAUCCAGGGAGGAAGGUGGGGGCCGCGGUGAGGGGGGCGCCUACCACCACCGCCAGCCCCACCACCACUUCCACCACGGCGGCCACCGCGGGGGCUCCCUGCUGCAGCACGUGGGCGGGGACCACCGCGCGCACUCCGACGAGGCCGGCGACGAGCAGCCGGGGACGCCCGCCCCAGCCCUGUCCGAGCUGAAGGCCGUGAUCUGCUGGCUCCAGAAAGGGCUGCCCUUCAUCCUCAUCCUGCUGGCCAAAGUGUGCUUCCAACAUAAGCUUGGCAUUGCUGUGUGCAUCGGGAUGGCCAGCACCUUCGCCUAUGCCAACUCCACGCUCCGGGAGCAGGUCUCUCUAAAGGAGAAGAGGUCGGUGCUGGUCAUUUUGUGGAUCUUAGCCUUUCUGGCGGGGAACACCCUGUAUGUGCUCUACACGUUCAGUUCCCAGCAGCUGUAUAACAGCCUCAUAUUCCUGAAGCCCAACCUGGAGACGCUGGACUUCUUUGACUUGCUGUGGAUCGUGGGCAUCGCAGACUUUGUGCUCAAGUACAUCACCAUCGCCCUCAAGUGCCUUGUCGUGGCCCUGCCCAGGAUCAUCCUGGCCGUCAAGUCCAAGGGAAAGUUCUAUCUGGUCAUCGAGGAGUUGAGCCAGCUGUUCCGAUCACUCGUUCCCAUCCAGCUGUGGUAUAAAUACAUCAUGGGUGACGAUGCCUCCAACAGCUACUUCCUCGGAGGGGUCCUAAUCGUUCUCUACAGCCUCUGCAAGUCUUUCGACAUUUGUGGCCGCGUGGGUGGAGUUAGGAAAGCCCUGAAGCUUCUCUGCACCUCUCAGAAUUAUGGAGUCCGGGCCACUGGGCAGCAGUGCACAGAAGCUGGUGAUAUCUGUGCUAUCUGCCAGGCUGAGUUCCGAGAGCCUCUGAUCCUUAUGUGCCAGCACGUGUUCUGUGAGGAGUGCCUCUGCCUCUGGCUGGACCGUGAGCGCACCUGCCCGCUCUGCCGCUCGGUUGCCGUGGAUACCCUGCGCUGCUGGAAGGACGGGGCCACUUCGGCACACUUCCAGGUGUACUAGGGCUGAAGACUGCAGCAUCGGUGCUCCCAGGCACACCAGGGAGAUGACGGAGGGUCAGCGGUGUUGGGUCCAACUCCGGGGGCUUCCUGGGAAAAAGUCCUCAAGCACUGACUGUCCUCCUUCCUGCCUCUCUCCAUCUCUUCCUCUAAAGCCAGGCCCCUGUCCCCUUCCCCACCUUCACCUUCUUCUCUUGCUCUGAUCAUGGUGUGUGCAUCCUACCCCUACACAUGGGGACGCCUUCUCACUCAGACUCGGUCUCCACCUAUGUAGGUCUCCCACUUCCCUCCAAGUCAAGGAACUGGUAAUGGACCAAGUCCCGCCUGUUGAUUAUUUUAACUCGUGGUGACCUAAUACCUGAUGCUGCAAACUAGAGAGAGGCCUGGAGAUACUGCCUCCCCCUAAAUGGCCCAAGUCCGCAGAUGAGAAUCACUGUGACGUAUUUUCCAAAUACAAAUGCUGAGCCCCACCUUAUACCUACAGUAACUACGUGUACCAGACGCUUAGUGUGAGCUGGGCACAGCAUUGAGCCUCCUGCCCGGACGACCCCCUGUAAUCCUCACAAGAGCCCUAUGGCGGAGGUACUGUUGUUUCCUUUGUUUCACAGAUGAGGAAACUGAGGCAUAGAGCUCCAUGUGGAAACUUUCCCAGGGUCACCCAGUGAGCAAUGAUGGACCAAGUUUCCAGCCCGGGCCUGUCUGGCUUCAGAGCCUGACUCUUAACCACGUGCUGACCCACUGCUCAGACACUUCAGGUGUGGGGCCUCCCAGACAUGUUUCUUUAAAAGCACAAGAGGUGAUUCUGACGCCCGUCAGUGGCUCAGGUGCAUAGCACGUUCGAUUUGGACUGCACUGAGAAUGCUAAUAGUGAACACUAGCUCCUGAAAUCUAGUCGUGGUUGGGUCCAUGGAAAGACUUGGUCCUUAAAAUUGCUGUUUAGCUGGACUCUGGCGGGGAUGCUCAAUCGUGAUUGGCUAUCACGAAAGGCCAUUUCUGGUGCAGAUGCAGAUGUCAUGGGGUGUCCACUCCCAUCUUUAUUUCUCUCCUCCUCCUUUUGUCCUGUCCCUCACUUAAGACUCAGGCUUGUCAACAGCUCCUGUGGCC